AUUACUGUAAUUUCGAACAAUAGGAAACUUAGUUGGCAAUGCCGUAAAAGUUUGCGACAAUUACUACAUAAAAAAAAUUUUUCGUGUGGAAAUUAAGCAACUAUUUAUUGAUUUAUAAUCUUUAAAAAUUUCUAAUACCGGCUAAAAAUUGCUCAAUUAUAACGUGCAUAUAAUUUAUAAAUGAAAUUUAAAGCAUAAUCAUGUAAAAUUUUCCAAAACGUUGCGAGAGAAUCUAAAGUAUUUGGCUAGCAGAGCAUCCUAAACACACACUUAAACUCGUCGAUUUUUAUUAUUUUUUUUUUUUUGUGUUGUAUGUGAAAAAAGUAGUGGAGACUGGUGGGAGGUUAAGCAGACUUGUGUGCUAUUUCAAGGAAACAUACCGUAAACAUUACUGAAAUACGGCGAAAAUACAACGUUAGUCGCAUUAGGACUAGUUUUGUAACUUAAUAAUUCAAAAAGCAGCAAAAUAAAGUAUUUCAUUAUUAAAAAUAUUUGCCGUGAACGGAGUCGAAAUCAGACCGCACCCUUCUGCUUUGAAAUAUCAUCUUUUCAGAGCUCUGCGUUAUGACUUCGCCUUUACAGCAAUUGGACAUAUUUGAAUUGCGUCCUUUAAUUACAAACUUUUGUUGUAAACUUUCCACCGUUACGGAGUAUAAUGACAAUAGACAAUUGUUGUGCCUAGUAGCCGAAGAAAAUGACAUUGUACUGCGCUAUACUAAUGCAAGUGGUUUAGAAAUCCUUAAACUGAUCUCAUGGUUUCGUCGAACAAAUCAAGUUAUUCAUGAAGUCUGUUUUGAUCCCUCCGGAACGUGGCUGUUAGUUUUGUGUUUCGAUAACACAUUGCAUAUUGUACCCGCCCUAGCUGUUGUGGAUAAAUCUUUUUUGGAUUCAACAGUAACUGAUACGCAAUUGUUACCAUUUAGCACCAGCCAAGUGACCUCAUAUAUAAUUCCAUUUGUUGGUCCACAUGAAUGCCCCAAUUCAAAAAGGUGCCCUAACCCGACAACAACAAAUGAUCGUAAGUCACCGAAUACCAUCGAAUUGUCUUCGAAAGCGUCGGUCAACCAGCAAGCGAAAGGAGAUGAAAAUGAUAAAGAAUUACCCAAACAAAUGGAGAGUACGAAUGCAAAUGAAGCAAAAAGGAGUUCACCUGUAAACGAGUUAAUAAAGGCUGAAGAUUCCAACAUAGAAUCUCUCGCUCAAAAUAUACCCAAAGAAAUGUUAGAUCCACAGCUACCAACCACUAGCGGGGCGGAUAAGACAGGCAACAGUCAAGUUAAAAGUACGUCUUUUAUGGCUUCUAACACUUGCCCAUAUCCUCUAUCAGUGAAAUGGUGGCGAACAUCAGAAGGCGCACAUCGCGCUAUCAUAGGCUAUUCCGAUGGAUCAAUUUGCUUUGUAGAUUUAAGUCCAAAUUGUCCUUUUGUAGCGAGCACAGCCAUCGAAACAGGUUCAGUUGUAAAAUUGGUGAUAUGCCGAGACAUUACUUUCGAAAGCGUAUUGUUACUGAUAACUUCUUCUCUGAAGCAACAAUUUAAGUUACUAUUAGAACAAAAAACCAUCAAAUUUACCUAUCCAGGUGAUAUUUCCCCUUCUAUAGUUCAGCCGCAAGAUGAUUGGCAAAUCGUUAUGCCAUUAAAGACUACCAACACUCAAGCUGCUUCAUUAGGACAGGAGUAUUCAGCCAUUGAAGAUGCAGUCCCUAAAACUGAGGAAUCCUAUGCUGCUGAAAAUAAAAUUUUGAAACAAUCUGAACAGUCUUUUGAAUUAGGAACAACCGGUAAUAAAGUAAAUCAGCUUCCCCCAGCUCCAUUUGGUUACACAUCCACCGUAAACUCUCAAACAAAUAGCAAUAAACUACCUCCACCGUAUUCAGUGGCAGUCAAUCGCAGUAUGGAUUGUGCGCCAGUAACAAAUAUCGCUUCCCAAAGUAAAGCUUCUUCGAGCCAAAGCGAUACACUCACUACAAAUAGUGUUGUAAGAUUUCAGCAAACGAACAAUGAUCCAGAUUUAGAAGAUAGCAAUGGAAUAGCGGGUGGUAUCUUUCCCGCAGCCAGAGCCCGUUUGGCAUCGCUCAAAUCAUUAGGUUCAAAGAAAUUGAAUGCAAUUAAGAUGCGGCUAUCGGAUAAUCGCCAAAAGUUGGAAGAAUAUAUGCCGGAAAACGCAAUGGGUUCUUUUGCUAUAAUAGAUUCGCCUUCGCUAUUGCCAGAGUUAUUAAUCAAAUCGGGCGGAUCUUUCUACACCAUACAAAGUCUGCGGGGAACAUAUUUACUGAGUGCCCUACACUCGCACUCCAAUAGUCUAUCUGUGCACAGCAUCGACAUAAAUUUGAAACCGUUAUUUCUCUAUAAAAUACCGCAUCAAUGUGUCGAUAUAUUGAUUAGCUCGAAUAUUUUAUAUUCCAUACAAUAUGUUGAUAUCAAUAGUGAAACGAAAAGCAGAAGCAAUGAAAAUACGGAAAAGGAAAAUCGUGAUACAGACAUAGAAAAACAAGAGCAAUAUUCUAAAAAACAGCUUGAAUCAAAUUCAGACCACAGCGAUGAAGCCGAAGAAAGCAUCGCUGAGACGAGCAGUGCAUCUACAUACUCAGAACGGAGUGCUAGCAGUUUGUCGCCCAGCAAUUCUAUUAAUGCGGUUGGAAUAAUUAGCAGUGCUAUGGCUUCAUUACGAACUGGAGAAAGCGACAAAUUUAAUAAAGCGUCCCUACUCGCAUUAUAUCGGUUUGAAAACGAAACCGUCUUGAAUCUGCACCAAAUGGCCACUUACCGCACAACAGCUUUAAAUGAAACCAUAUCCAAAGAUGACAAAGACAAAGCAUUCGAAUAUAAGGAAAUACGUUCGCCAAUGGAUUACGUAAAAUUCUAUGAAAAAGCAACUGACGUACGCGAAGAAUACUCUCUUAGACAAAUGGAGAUUAUGCAAAAUGAGUUCCCGAAAAUCAACUUUGACCCAUGCUAUGUGAUUACGAAUAAAAAUAUCUACUGCAUACAAUUCAAAAAGGAACCUUUCGCGAUAUUUUUGGAUGCCGCAUUAGCUGGAGAAUGGACUCAGUGUCGUGAGUUUUGCAAUACGUUCGAUCUGACUUAUGAGAUGUGCAUAGAAUUUGCUGGUGAUUACUUACUUCGGCGUAGAAAAAUUCCUCAAGCAUUGUUGACGUAUAAUGCGGCACGCAUUAAACCCAUACGGACUGCUUUAAAGUUGGCAAUGUUCGGCCAUACGACUGCUCUUAUGCAUCUAUGUGCAAUGGCUCUUAAGCUCACAUAUAUUCUUAAAUCGAGGUACUUUUGCCAUCCUGUCAUUAAAACUUUGCUACCAGAUAUAACCUAUCGACACUCGGAAGACGUACGGCCCAUUUUGCCACCUACGCCAAAAAGUUAUUCUGCCAAUAUUAGUUUAGUUUCCGAGGGUCUUUCUUGUAGCGAUUACGUCUAUGGAGAGGAUGAUUCCUUGAGUAAUCCACAAAUGUCGCCUUCGUCUCAGUUUCAUUUAGCGAAUUUACUCUUAAUUACAUUAGCUGAGAAAGCAGUUAACGAUAAAAAUUAUAUGCCCUUGUGGAAUUUUCUGGUUACUAAUGCUAAAUAUCACACUAACAUGUCAAGUAUUGUGUUAUGUCAAAGCGGUUUGUUCUCAUCUGCGUUGGUUUUGGCAAAAAUUCGCGGAGUAUGCAUCGAUACCUUUUUAGCACUGGCAAGCGUGGUGGGUCAAGAAUUUGGUUGGUACACAGAAUUGAACGCGUGUCUGUAUAAUGCAAGUGAACUCAUAUUUGUUGAGACAAUCUCGUAUGUGCCCAAUAUAGCAAUUGAUUACUUUGCUUUCAUCCAGGAGAAAAUGUUUAGCAUACGGCCGCAAGUCUUAGAGCGUUUGGAACGGCAACUGAAUCCAUUUUCGGCGAUUCUACGGCCUAUCGUGUCACAUACAUCUAACUUGGAUCAAUUUGCGGGGGACAAUAAUACUUACAAUUUAGAGUUUUGUAAAAAUCUCAUUGAGACAUAUUUGGCAAUACUAAUAUAUAUGGAUUCGCGAUGUUCAAGCCACGGCCGCUUAGCGAAUGCUUUGAGUACUUUUCGUUUGACAUACGAAGAUAAUCAGUUUGCGAUAGAGUCGACGAGGUUUAAGCCCAUUUCUGCUGGUUGUGCCCAUUGUGCUUGCAUAGUGGACGGGGUAGCCUACUUCUGGGGUUCGAAUGGGGUGCCUUGUAAUUAUAGUGUCAGCAAGUCUUCUGAUCCACCCGAACCACCUCAUGCAGUAAAGAAAUUGGAAUUAUUAGCGCAAUUAAAUCUUGAAGUCCACGCUGUAAAAUGUGGUCGCCAACACACAUUGAUAUUAACCAACAAUGGCUUAUAUUCCUUAGGCAACAAUAAUCUAUUACAGUUGGGCAUUGGGACUCAUAUGCAAAUGACAUUGCAGCCAAUGCUUGUUCGCACUCUUGACGGCAUGGACAUUACCAUAUUAGAAGCUGGACAAUAUCACAACGCUGUUGUUGCCAACGGUCUAUUGCUCACUUGGGGUUGGAAUAUUUAUGGACAGCUUGGUCACGGUGGCACCGAAAACGUAGCUGAGCCUAAGGUGGUCCCCUUCUUCAAAUUCAGAAAAAUUCUACAAGUUUCCUUAGGGCAUGCUCACAGUUUAGUAUUAUGCCAGAGCUCGAAUGAAGCCAUAAACACUGAGUUAUUUGUGUUUGGCUCAAAUCACUUCGGCCAACUGGGCUUGGGCCCUCGUAAAUUAGGGCAAACGCAUGAACCGCACACUACUCCGGCGGAAGACGAAUCGUAUUUUUGUGAUCAAGCGAAAUGUUUAUUACCUCAAAAAAUAGAGUUUAGCACAGCAAAUAUAAGACUGAUUCAUACCAAAUUUUUUACUAAUUUAGCUGUUGAUGAGAAAGGAUAUUUGUACACAUGGGGUUCAUCCCCGCAAGCAUUGCGACUAGCAAAUCAAAUCCGACGACGGGCUAAUGCGAAACAAAAGCUUGAAGAAUAUCAACGUCGAGAAAUGAGCAAACGUUUCGAAGCCACCAUGAACACCGCAAGUUCUUCAUCAACAGAUUCAAUAGUAGAUUCUUCUGAAAAGACGUCAUCGUCUCAUUCGCCACAGGUCGAAAAGAAGAAAAGUUCGACGAUAACACUUGUGCCAGAAGAAACGACAACUCCGCCUGCCGCCAGUAAACUACCACCGGAUGGGGUUGUAAUGGAAGACUUAGCUGUUGCCGAUGUCGCUGAUAAUAUAGAAAUUGUAGAGAAUGAAGUGAUGGAAGAAAUACUGCCGGGUGAAAAAAAUUCCGUCGAUGACGAUGUAGAGCAAAGAAAACACACUGAAAGUUCGGAGAAAACAUCGGCCGCAGCUCCUGGUGCACCCAACCCUACAGCAGAAACGGACUUGCAUGCGCACAUGUCGCCUCAUUUGGUUGACACUACGGAAGUUGCCGGUCAAAUAUUACAGGUGUCUAGCGGACUUUUCCACUUUGCUUUAAUUUCGUCAUCACGUACCUUGUAUACUUGGGGCAAAAAUUUGGAGCAUCAAUUAGGCACGGAAGAUAAAGAGCGACGGGCAGUAAAUAAACCAUCGCCCAUUGACAAUAUUGAAAAUCCUAUGUUUGUGGAUUGUGGUGCAGAUUUCACUCUUGUAAUGAGUACAGAUUACAUGGUGCGUGCGUUUGGCGGUAAUUCAAAUGGCCAGUGCGGCCGCGAUUUAGGUGCUAGUAUCGACAAGAUGAAGCAACGGGUGGUUUGUCUACCUACAACCAAACGUUUAAUGCGUUUUGAGAGCCAGUGUAUUGAAAUACCCGUUGAGAUUAAUUUGCCCAGGCCGCGUAUACGACUUGGUUCAGAACGAGUACGUUAUCUAAAGAGUAUACCGCGAUAUCAGUCAUAUUUUGUCCAGGAGGCUGAUAUUAAUUUCGAAGACUAUGACUGCGAUGAUCCGUCGCCAUCCCGUCAAUACAAAUUAACCACGCAAAGCGAUAUUACUGACAAUGCCUUGACUGAUCAAGAAUCUGAAGAUUUGUUAUCUUCUUUGGAGAAUAUUAGUGACGCUACCUCAAUGCAAUCGUCGAUCAAUCCUCUCCUUAUUAAAGAUAGCGAAAAUAGUUCAUGCGAAGAAGAAGAAAGCCUCAAAGAACAAAUUGGCAAAUUUUCAAUUUUGCCACAAACUGACAAUGCUAGUUCAGAUAGACCGAUAACAUCUAAAGCAAGAAACCUCGGCAACGAUGAAGAUAUUAGGAUGAUAAAGCAAAGCAGCAGUCUCGACCACGCACAGCAACAAUUUCGUCUCUACAUACAUUAUUGUUUGUACAUUUUCCACGGACUAUACGAUAUAGAUAAAAUUCGGGAAUUUUCUAAAGAUCGCCUAGAGUAUCGAAUACGUACAUUAAUGUUAAAUUUUAAAUUCAUCGAUGCCUUUGCAUUAUGCCUGCAAGAUGUACGAACAUCCACGCAUGCCCUUAAAGUAUUUGAAUACUUUUCCAAGGAUACUGGCUACGUGCCGUUGCGAAGAGCUGACCUAAGGUUCCUGAUUUAUCAUUUAUUUAUGCACUUUAUUGAUCGUAAAUAUAAAAUGGACGAAUGCGAGAGCUUCUUUUUGGCCGAUCUUGAUUAUUAUCUGGUCGAAUUGGCGUACGUACUAUAUUUUAAUAACAACAAUACUGUCCUCGAGCAGAGUCUUAACGAGAAAUUUAAACAUCUUUUUGCCCAAAGAGACGGUAGUAGUGAUAAUUUGGACGUCGGCGUUGAUAAUCAAAUAAACGAUAUUCCGCCCACUUAUAAACUGGAUGAGACCGACUUAAUUUUUGAUCAUUUGGGUGUUAAAUUUAAAACUACCGUAUGCCAGCGUUUGCUUAAACAUUGCAACAAUUGAAACUUUAACCAAAAUGCUGUUAUGUUGUGUUCUUUUCUACGUAUCAAUGUCUCUCUCUCUCUCUCUCUCGCACUUUUUCAUUCUCAUAUAAUUGUGUUGACUUCGAAAUUUCGUAACUCUCCGUUUGAAAUUUUCGUAAAGAUUUUAAAACGAGUAUUUAAUGUAUAUUUAUGUGUAAUUUUUUAAUUUUGUUAACAUUUGUUGUUCUAUAAUUGCAAUUACAUACGCCAGUACGUGUGUGUGUAUAUAGUUGAGAUUUUUUUUUUUUUAUUAUUAUUAUAAUUUAGAUGAAUAAAUCCGAACAACCAUCGCUUUACCAAAAACAAUCAA